AUGGAGGCCGAGUUCGCGCGGAUGGACACCCGGUUCAUCUUCAGGAAGCUGCUCACCACCCGCGACACCGGCGCUAUCUCGCUGUCGCCCGAGUGGUGGGGCCCGCAGGACCAGGACAUCCCGCUGCCGCCGUGGCUCACGGAGGAGUACGUCGAACGGCUCGCCGCCAAGUUCGACGAGACCGGGUUCGCCGGCGCCAUGAACUUCUACCGAUGCCUCGACCUGAACUGGGAGCUGACGGCGCCAUGGACAGGGGCGAAGGUGACCGUGCCGACCAAGUAUAUCGCCGGCGAGGACGCCAUGUCGUACAACUACACGGGGGUGCAGGAGUACAUACACAAGGGCGGGCUCAAGGGCGACGUGCCGGGGCUGGAGGAGGUGGCCGUGAUCGCAGGCGCCGCGCACUACAUCCACCUCGAGAAGCCGGAGGAGGUCACCGAGCACAUCUACGAAUUCAUCAAAAAGUUCUGA